GUGCCUUUUUUAACCCAGACAGAUAACUAACUAUUGCCGUCUAUAAUCCUAGACUUCAGUCCUAAUCCUUGAGAAGGUUUCAACUUUGCUAAGGACUGGAGCGGCUUGUUUUUCUGGUUUGAGGCUAUGGAGGUUGAUACCGAUCGCAGUGAACAUCAGUAUGAAGAAGAAUAUGUAUUGCUUGAUCUUGGUUCAGUUUCCUCCCAGCUUCAGAUACCAGCAAACGCACCGUAUGUUCUUUCUGGUUUAGACACAACGCAUCCGGUACUGAUUAUAAAUGACAAAUUGAAGUUGGUGAGUUUAUAGCCUACAAAAUCCUUUAUUGACUGUUAAUUUGAGGGGCUAUAGUCUAUGCUGGGAUGAAUACAUAUCGUCAUAUUCACCUGGGCCAGAUCAUAUCAUCCCCAUCUACCCAAAUUGUAAAUUUCUUUGAUCACCUUCUCCGGCAAUGUACUCUACCUGAACACUGUAAACAAGUUCACACUCAAAUUGUUACGAUGGGCGGGUGUCAAUCAGCAUUCCUCUCUGCCCGACUCGUGAAUGUUUAUGGUCGUCUUGGGCGUGUUGUUGAUGCCCAGAAAGUUUUUGACACCACCCCGUUUCAAGGUACAUCCAACAUGCUCUUGUGGAAUGCAGUUCUUAGAGCGAAUGUGUCUCGUGGAUUUUAUGAAAAAGCACUUAAAAUAUAUGAUAAAAUGCGAAGACUUGGAGUUUGGGCUGAUGGGUUUACUCUUCCCCUGGUUAUUAGGGCCUGUGCAUUUAUGGGUAGAUUUAGGCUAUGCAAGAAUGUGCAUAGUCAUGUUUUACAAAUGGGUUUUCAAAAUCAUCUCCAUGUUGUCAAUGAGUUGAUGGGAAUGUAUGGGAAACUUGGUAACAUGGACUAUGCCCGCCAACUGUUUGAUAAAAUGAGCGUGAGAAGCUAUGUUUCUUGGAAUACUCUGGUUUCUAGCUAUGCCUUUAACUAUGAUUGUGAUGGUGCAUCUGAGAUUUUUAAUAGGAUGGAGUUAGAUGGGUUGGAGCCAAACCCUGUGACUUGGACAUCAUUAUUGUCAAGUCAUGCUCGUUGUGGCCGCAGUGAGAAGACCAUGGAGUUGUUUGGUAUGAUGAGGGUUAGAGGAAUUGAGACAACUGCUGAAGCGCUUGCUGUGGUGUUAUCUGUAUGUGCUGAUGUGGCUGUGGUUGACAAGGGUAAGAAGAUUCAUGGAUAUGUUGUUAGAGGUGGUUUCGAAGAGUACUUGUUUGUGAAAAAUUCACUAAUAUGCAUGUAUGGAAAAUGUGGAGAUGUAGAAAAUGCAUACAAGUUAUUUUUGGUGAUGGAAAGCAAAAACCUAGUGAGUUGGAAUGCUUUGAUCUCAUCAUAUGCUGAAUCUGGUUUGUGUGAUGAGGCUUUUGCAAUAUUUUCCCAGCUAGAUGCUCAUCCAGUUAUGACACCUAAUAUCAUAAGUUGGAGUGCUGUUAUUCAAGGGUUCUCGUCCACUGGACAAGGAGAGAAGUCUCUGGAACUCUUUCGGCAGAUGCAGAGAGCAGGAGUACUGCCCAAUUGUGUCACUAUAUCCAGCGUAUUUUCUGUUUGUGCAGAAUUAGCAGCAAUUAAUCUUGGCAGGGAAAUUCAUGGUCAUGUGGUAAGGGCUUUGAUGGAUAGCAACAUUUUGGUUGGAAAUGGCUUGAUCAAUAUGUAUACAAAAUGUGGAGGUUUUGAGGAAGGGCAUAGAGUAUUUGAAAAUAUUGACAGUAAGGACUUGAUUUCGUGGAACACAAUGAUUGCUGGUUAUGGGAUGCAUGGACUUGGUGAGAAUGCUCUAAGAAUUUUUCAUAGGAUGGUCAAGACGGGAUUCAAGCCAGACAAUGUAACAUUCAUCGCAGUUCUUUCUGCUUGUAGUCAUGCUGGGCUAGUUACCGAGGGUCGCCUCCUUUUUGAUCAAAUGAUUGGAGUUUAUGGUGUAAAACCCCAAAUGGAGCACUAUGCAUGCAUGGUUGACCUUCUUGGCCGUGCGGGGUUAUUGCAAGAAGGAAGCAACAUUGUGAAAAACAUGCCAAUGAAACCCAAUGCUUGUGUCUGGAGCGCUCUUCUCAACUCUUGUAGGAUGCACAAAAAUACAGAUAUUGCAGAAGAAACUGCCACCCAUAUAUUCAAUAUGAACUCGGAAAUGGCCGGGAGCUACAUGUUGAUGUCAAAUAUUUAUGCUGCUAGCGGGAGAUGGGAGGACUCGGCAAAAGUGAGGAUCUCAGCGAAGGCAAAGGGUUUAAGGAAAAUCCGGGGGCAAAGCUGGAUUCAGGUUAAGAAUAAGAUUUUUAUAUUCUCAGCAGGGAAUACCAUGCAAGCAGGCUUGGAGUUAAUUCAUGGUAUCCUUUAUGACUUGGCACUUCAAAUGGAAAGUGAGGGAUAUGUACCUAAUAAGGAAGUCAUUCAAGAGAAUAUUGACAAAGAACUGGAUUGAUGGUUGAGUGACUGGCUAGACAUGAUCGGUUGAUCUUGGUUCAGCUUCCUCGAACGUAUCCAAUAUGAUGAAUGGGAUUGCAUGGAAUCAGGUCAUGUUAGUUUAUUUCCAAACACUUACAAAUAGCUAUGGGAUGCUAAAUAUAUGUAAUUCAUGACAGCACUUGUCUGGUAAAACGUAGUUCAUGAUCUGGUGUCCAUUGCUUUAUGUAAACCAUGAGCCGAUGCAUGUUUAUGAUUCAUUCUUACAGUUUAAACAUUCAUGACAGUUGGAUAGUAGUAUUCUAUACUAAUACACACUUUGGUUUUCCAUGUUUGAGCCCUGUGAUCUGUUUCAUUCAGUGUUAUUGGUAAUUACUGAAUGGCUUGACGGUUGAUGCUGUGGUCUGACGUGAUUUUGUUUGUCUAAUUGUUGUCUGCUCACAGAAUGGAAAAUGGGACGAAGCUAUUGGAACCUGCCUUAUUUUCAAAGAAGGUGCUAGUUCUGUAAUUCAUGAAGAAACAGGAUUGUCGGCAAAUGCAUAGUAGAUCAAAACCAAUAUCCGUGCAAGCAAGUAAAUCCACUUGGCUGUUCUUAUAGGAGAUUAAAAUUUAGAUUGGCACCAGAUUGUGACUCUCAUAGUGCUGUAUCUGUGGAGGCUGAGAAAGUUUGUUGAAGUUUUUGCAAGCACUCUCAAGAUUCUAAUGGUGUGAGUUAUAAAUCAAGAUAUUGCUGUUAGCUCAUUUAUAAUUGUUGAUGUUAACUCAUUUACUUCAUUGCCAUAGUAAAGAGGCGUUCUAAAAUUACUCUUUAUUUCAAGAAAAUUAUGUGCGUCGCAGUUUGGGAGUCUCAGAUGAGAUAUAGGACUAGGAAAGGAUUUCAAACUUCAUGUCGCCAAGGUAAUAGGUAUCUUGUCGUGGAAUCAUUAAGUGUUUGUUAGUUCCCAAAAUGAUUUCAUAGUAAGAUUCUAACUGGUGCCAAAAUUCGAUCAACAAGGCCCAAUAAUUGGAUGUUAUUUUCAUAGAAAGAAAACCAUUGCCAUUACAUCGUUGUCAUCAUUUGUCACAACACCAUGCCUCAGAUAUCACUGUCAAGCAUCAUCCCCUCACCACUAUCACCAAUAACUGAUUAUCAAUGCUUAUGUACCCUAAAGUAUGGUCCACUGUCAUCAAUGGAUUUCUGUAAUGUUUUCCCUUCUAGAUUAUGGUUCAUAGGUUAUUGACUUGUGAUCAACUACAAAAUCACAUUAUAUAUAUAUGUUGAACUCAUAUGCCAAGUGGUCAUGUACUAACCACAGAAUAGGUUUGUCCAGACAUGUUUUGCUACAGCAUUCUAAGAAGGGUUCUUUUGGUUUUCAGAUUUUGCUUCAAUCUAGCUCAAGGACCUUAGAGCUUGAUAGAAAUCCAAUCCAUUUAUAAGAUUAGCAACAAUGAUUCCUCCUCAUCUUGUUUAAGUUUCACUGCAAGGUUUGUUGUCAUUCUGUUUGAAUUUGUCUUUGGCUAUGUAGGACAAAUUUGUCAUUUGUGUUAAUACAUAUCAUUAAUAUCUUUUCAUUUUGUGAAUUCCUGAUCAAUUGUAUGAUAAUGAUACUGCUCAAGUAGUGAUGUAACUAGUGUUGGAAUUUCCCAAUCUGCAUUUCUAUAUACCAAUACAAAUAAGUAUUUAAGGUGAUUCCAGA